AUGCUUCAUGGUCGAGCAGCGCUGCUGCUGGGUCCUGCGUUGGCGCUGGCGCUUGCGUGCGCGAGCGCCGCUGUUGCAAAGGAGAUUGGCUGCCGCAGCCGCUUUGGCCCGUUUAUCGAGGGUGCGGCGGUGGACAAGGCCGGCAACCUGCACGCUGUCGACUUCGGCCGCGACCGCGGCGCCGUCGGGCGCGUCGACGGCGCGAGCGGCGCGUGCGCGGCCGCGCCCGCCGCCGCCGUCCCAUCCGCCAUCCUCAACGGCCUCAGGGUGCUGCCAGACGGCUCCCUCUUGGCCGCUGUCACGGACCAAAAGCGCGUAGUCCGCCUGCAGGUGGGCGGCCGCGUGACGCAGUUCUGCGCCGACAACGCGAUGGUCGCCCCCAACGACCUGGCCAUCAGCCCCAAGACCGGAUUUGUGUACAUCAGCGGCCAGGCGUAUAAUCCGGACACCAAGGCCGGCGACGGGGACGUGUGGCUGUGCCGCAAGGCCGGCGCGGCGGCGGUCAGGUUGGCCCAGCUGGGCCGCACCAACGGCAUCGAGGUGUCUGCGGAUGGCAAGUGGCUGUUCGUUUCGGAGGCGUUCAACAAGAACAAUGCGCCCGUCUCAAAUGUGAUCUGGCGCUACCCCAUCAAGGGCGACGGCACGCUUGACGCCGCGGGGCGGGGCCUCACCUUCGACUUCAGCCGAGAGGGCAAAGGCAACAUCGACGUCGACGGCAUGCGGCUGGACACCCAGGGUCACCUUUACGUAACCCGCAACAACGGCGGCGAGGUCGUCGUCAUGGACCCGAUGGUGACUAACAAGGUUAUCAGGCGGAUACCCCUGCCAUUCAGCUCUCCCUCCAACCUCGAGUUUGGAGGCCCUCAGGGGCGCACACUUUUUGUGGUCGGGCGCUGCGGCGUGGGGACCCCUUGGGGCACUGGCAGCGGCUGCGUGGAGGCCGUCCAGGUGGCGGCGGCGGGGCAGUACUGGUCAGGGCUGCAGCAGGGGCUGCCCAGGCUGCAGCUGUAG